GCAUUUCAAGCUAAUAAUUUUUGAGAAUAAGAAUGGAACGAGAUUCUUACUUUGGCAAAUUGCCGGCGGAGCUACUGGGCAAGAUUGCCGCCGCGCUGCCGCUGAACGAGGCGGCGAGGACAAGCGUCCUCUCCCGCCGAUGGCGGAGUCAGUGGUGGUCGGAAUUGCCGAACACCCACUUCGCCGGCAACAGCACCACCAAGUUCGUGCCCGGCGGUUACCCAGUCUCGUGCUUCGACACCGUGGGUGAAUUCCUGAGCUGGGUCGACCAGGUCAUCCGCCAGCGAGAGCCCUUCCCCCUCCGCCGCCCGACCCGCGCCGUGCGGCGGUUUCGCCGUACCGACUUCUCGAUCGACUCGCUGGGGCUGAAUUUCGAUCCGGAGGAUCCCGAUUACGGAUGGAUCGAAUUCAACAAGGACAGAUCCAAAACCACGGCGCCGUUGGUGGACGGCGCUUGCACCUGCUGCCGCUCCAAAGUCGUGUCUUUUCUAAGCCGCCGGCAGCCACACGGACUCUCCCUGAGCAGGGUUUUGUCGGGAAGAAGGCGGACGGAACUGCUCAAACACUUGACCCUGCGGAACUGCGACAUGGACAUCCUCAGGGCCCAAUUCCAAUUCACCAUCGAAUGCGGAAGCUUUAAGUGUCUGAGUUCCCUGGUGGUUCAAAAGGGGCGGUUGAUAGAGGUGAGAUUCCUUGCCAAGUUUAUAUAUUGUUGCCCGGAACUCCGGGAGUUGACCUUGGAAGACUGCAGCAUCGUCGACGACAGUACACCGACAUACCCCGGUGGCCGGCUGCUCAUCAUGACCGGUACGAUGGUGCGUUUGAGAUUGACUAGAUGCAGUGGGUUCGAAGAGAUUAUGUACUUAUUCGGUCAAGGAACAAGAUAUGCUUAUCCAUCGGCGAUCCACCAGGAGACGGUAGAAUACCACUUUGCUGAUCGGGUCAGAACACCGCCGCUGCCCGAACCGCCCCAGAGACCUGAACUUGAACUUGAGAUGCCACCCUUUAUGAGGGAUGCCUUGUUGAUGCGCAAGUUGCGGUUAGAGAAUGACGUUGAAGAGGAGAUUGAUAUGCCUGAUGAAGAGGAAGUUGCCUUCAACUUUUAUGAUCGAUUUGAUCGCAAUUAGUUUUAAAUUUAUUAGUUAUUAUCAUUAUGUCUCGUGAGAAUUCUUGUUUAAAAUGUAUCAAACCAUAAAAACUGAUUCCCCCAUCAUUAUUUUUUUUUUAUCAUGUCAUUUUAGAUGAUGAUGAUGAUGAUCUGUUUUGGUGAAUUUUGAAUCUGUGUUAUACUAACAUCUUUGGCUGUGGUAGAGGCAAUAUGGACCACAACCAAGAAUUUGCAUCAAUUUUCAUUGACCAGGCAUGGGCAAGAAAAGAAUGGAUGUUGCUGGCAACCAACUUGAACCAAGCUUAUAGGUGAGCCUGAAGAAGUCUGUUGGUUAUAUCGUUGGCCUUCCAGUAUGAAAGCAGCUAUUAUAAAAUUUGAUGCCAAAUGAUCCUGCCGUCAUGGAUCGCUUGGUGCAGUAUACAUGCUAAGUAUUCUCCUUGUGUCUUUCAUUGUUGGAGUUAAUGAGAGCGCAUCUGGGUACAGCAAGCCAUAUAGCACUACUCUGUGAACGUAGGAAAGUCUUUGCAUGAUGUGAGCCUAGUUGCUCAUCUUGCAGUUGUUUAUGUUAAGUAUGAAUCUGCAUUCAAGCUUCCUGACCCUAGUUCUGUUGUGUCUAGUUCAUAGUCAAUGUAUCGUUCUGUUAGAAGCAUCUUGUUGUAAGUUAAUUGAUCUUCUGAGUUCUGAAUACUUUUAGGCAUUAUUGUGUACUCAUCUUCAGGAAAUUUAGUCUCCUAAGUUCCGGUACAGAAUUUCUUUGUCUUUGCUCUUCAAGGUUCUCUAGGUUACUACUGUGUUUCUGCUAUUCAUUCCCCCAGUUUUCUGACGCUAAUUCGUUCUCUCCAGGUAGCACCUCUGCCUCUCUGAUUUAGCGGCGGGACAUCUUAACCUUGCGGGAAGAUAUGGGAGUAUUCCGAGCCUGUGCCAGUUCAUUCACUCGUCUGUGUGGCCUGAAAGUUCAUACAAUGUUGGAUCGGCGGAACAUGGGCUGCUGCACUUACAAGGGUUACUCUAAAAAAUGUUGUUGUCUGAACCUUGUUUGGCAUGAGAUUGAAGGCGAAAGUUUCCCAUGCAGUCUUCCCUUUCAUUUUGAGCUGCAACUCAGCGCGGCCAAACUCAUUGUUUGUUCUGCAAUAAAUUCGUUCCAUGUGAUUGUUUCAUGGUGAGUUUUCCGUUGUAUGGGCGGCUUCGUUCGCGCUAGUAGAGUUGCUGUUGAAAGCAGAAGCAAGAUAUGAGAGACAAUAGAAAUGUAAAAAGCUA